ACUCAUUCCGCCAUCAGAUGAUUGUUGACGCCGUAAGCUGACAUUGUCUGGUCACGAUGAGCUUCAGCAGCGAUGAAGUGAAUUUUCUAGUGUACAGAUAUCUACAAGAAUCAGGAUUUGCUCAUUCAGCCUACACAUUUGGAAUCGAGAGCCAUAUCAGUCAGUCCAAUAUCAAUGGUGCUUUAGUUCCCCCGGCCGCUCUUCUCAGUGUCAUCCAGAAGGGACUCCAGUACACAGAGGCAGAGAUUAGUAUUGGAGAGGAUGGCUCAGAACGGGUGAUAGAAUCGUUAUCCCUGAUAGACGCAGUGAUGCCAGACGUCGUCGAGUCACGCAAACAGGCAGCAGCCAAAAGUCACCAAAUUAAAAACGAAACAAGCAAUACAAACGGGGACGACACUGCACAUUCAAUAUCCAAUCACAAUGAUGCAAUGGAGAUUGACGGAACACUGGAAAUCCCAGCCAGUAAAGCCACGGUAUUACGGGGGCAUGAGUCGGAGGUUUUCAUCUGUGCAUGGAAUCCCUGCAAUGAUCUUUUAGCAUCUGGGUCCGGUGACUCAACAGCCAGGAUAUGGAACAUGAAUGACAGUAGUAACAGUGCCAACCAGUUAGUAUUGAGACACUGUAUACAGAAAGGUGGAACUGAAGUUCCCAGUAAUAAGGAUGUCACUUCUUUAGAUUGGAAUUGUGAUGGGAAAUUCUUAGCCACAGGUUCUUACGAUGGCUUUGCCAGGAUAUGGAGCACAGACGGUCGACUAGUUAGCACACUAGGGCAACAUAAAGGACCUAUAUUUGCAUUAAAAUGGAAUAAAAAAGGAAACUAUAUCCUAAGUGCGGGUGUAGAUAAAACGACAAUAAUAUGGGAUGCUAGUUCAGGUCAUUGUACACAACAAUUUGCUUUUCAUUCUGCCCCUGCGCUGGACGUAGACUGGCAGACCAACAAUAGCUUUGCCUCCUGUUCAACAGACCAGUGUAUUCAUGUGUGUAAAUUAGGGGUAGACAAGCCAAUUAAAACAUUCCAAGGCCACACAAAUGAAGUGAAUGCCAUCAAAUGGGAUCCACAGGGCAACUACCUGGCCUCCUGCUCUGAUGAUAUGACCUUAAAAAUCUGGAAUAUGAAGCAGGAUUCAUGUGUUCAUGAUCUACAAGCACACAACAAAGAGAUCUACACUAUAAAAUGGAGCCCCACAGGGCCAGGAACAAAUAAUCCGAAUGCACAGUUAAUAUUAGCCAGUGCAUCAUUUGAUUCCACAGUGCGGUUAUGGGAUGUAGACCGAGGAAUUUGUAUACACACCCUGACGAAGCAUCAAGAGCCAGUGUACAGUGUGGCUUUUAGUCCAGACGGGAAGUUUUUAGCGAGUGGGUCCUUUGAUAAAUGUGUCCAUAUAUGGAAUGUGCAGUCUGGAGCACUAAUCAAUAGUUACAGAGGCAGCGGAGGGAUAUUUGAAGUUUGUUGGAAUCACAGAGGGGAUAAAGUUGGUGCCAGCGCCUCAGACGGAACCGUUGUAGUUUUAGAUCUUCGGAAGUAGAGUGGCUGUUGGAGCAGCGUUGGCGUUGUUUUAGGGCGACUACCUCAGUUCUCGUGCCAGCAACUAUCUCAGGGCACAUCUCCAUGUAGGCAGACAGGAAUUUGAGGCACAUCUCCAUGUAAGCAGACGGGACACAUCUCCCAAGACAAGCUGUUUGCAGGGGGGUGGGGGAGAAAAAAGCAAAGGGAUUCCUUUGCUUUGUUUUUCAUGUAUUAAACAUGGAAACUUGCCUUCUGGUGACAAGUUAAAUCAGUUCAUCCAAACCAGAUGGAAAUCUCGCCUGCAGAGUGGUAUCAUCUUGGCUACUGCACUGCCAUCUACUGGUGCCUCAGAGAGUGUGGAUGCAUGGUGUAAAGUGCUGCAUGGUAAUGUUAUUGAUUGCAUCGAGAAGUUGUUUGCCAAUAGAAGUAUACAUUUAUUCCUCCUGCCCUGGGAGGGAGGGACAUGUAUAGAAGGAUGGAAGGUUAGAAGGAACUAUUCCUCAGACAGGCAAGCCUCGUGUGGAAAAGAAAUACAUGGUUAGGGCCCCUUUGUGGAGGACUGCAGGUAGAAUCAGGGAUUUUUAUAACAAACAAAGGAUUCAUACUUCGCAAUAAGCACUACUGGCUGCCUACACAGAAAGGAACACAUAAACACUACUUCAGUUUGAAUCAGGUGGUAACAUAGGAAAAGAAAAAGAGAGAGAAAGGACUGCCAACGGCAAAGGGUUGAAGUUCCUAUAUGUAGGGCAACUUAAGUUGCUACAUGUGGGUUGACUUUAUAAUCAGUUGAUUUUGUCCAUGUAAAUUCACAAUCUGGUAGGUCACUUAGGGGAAAAAAUCCAGCUGUGUGUUUAUGCUAAUGACCAGAGCUUCACUUUUUAAAAAUAAAGAAAAAGGUGAGAAAAGCCACGGGUCGUUAGAACCAGACACCUUGGACAUUGAUCUCAGCUUAAAGUGACCACGGGUCAAUAAAAAAUGGCCGACUACUGUUCUGACCACGUAGGGUCGUUUAGAAAUUAUAUAUAAUGAAAUAAAAAAGUGUGUUUAUAAUGUAGAGGCAUAGAGAAGGCAUGGAACCUGAUAGCAGGCACACAUGCCGAGCUAAGUUGAUGUGUACAAUGUUAUUUUAAAUGCUAGAGAACCACUUCCAAGGAAAGUGUGUAUGGUUGAUCUGCUCUUUUUUUAUAUUGAAUCAUGAGUAUUGAAUUUAUUCUGUGGGUCAGAGGGGUGACCCAGAUGAAGGGGGAGGGGGCGGGGGAUAUUUGUUGGUUACAGGGUGUGUACAAAGGUCGUGCUCAUUCAGUGGUGUGAAUUUUGUUCUUUAAAUCUAAGAUGGCUAAAACGGAGUUUUCAUGUACGUGAAGAGAGUUUUUGGUAACAGCGGGGCUAUGUUACAGGUUAGAUCUUCGAUUUAGAUAUUUUGGCAGUUCUAAAAUGUGUUUUAAAUUCACUUUGAAAAAAGGAACAAGGUGAAAUAAUUGAGGAUGAACAUUUUGCUUGAUUUUUGCCUGCACCACUGAUGUGCAUGCUCUUUGUGUUCACCCUGUAUUUGGUUUGCGUUGAGAUUGAAGUUUGCUUGUAAAAUGUUAAAGUGUUACAUAUUAUUGAUAUUUUUUGUACAGUUUCGUGUACAUAGUGAAACCUUGUGUAGUAGCACAGUGCAAAAUGCCGAGUCAUGCCCUAUGCCGCCGCCAUAGUGUGUGGCACGGUGCUGACAUCUGGUGGUUUUGGCACUGGUCAAGUUCCCCUCCAUCAUUUUGUGUUGUAUAUAGAUUAUUACUCUCUGUCAAACUCCGUUUGUCAAAGUAGUGAGCUGUUUAUAUCAGUUAAAAUGUGUCCACCUCCGUUGUUCGCCUAUCACUCCCUCCAAGUUCACAUGAUUUGUAAGUGUAAUACGUUUUAUCAUUGGACACUUAAUAAUUUGACUCUAGGUUGCAGUUAGGAUUAAUAUGUAUCAGCACGGUCGACCUUCACCUUGCAACAGGUGACCUUGGCACUUUUGACCUUGACCUUCAUUCGGAAAAGAUGUCGUUAUAAGAAAGUGAUUGGGAUCCCGCCCCAUAGAUGUUUUGAAUUUAUGUUAGUUACGAAGUUAAGGUUUGAUUCUGGAUUUUAGAAUGUAACCAAAAGUUUCAGCAUUUUCCUUACCUUUUGAUAGGCAAGUGUACACAUUGAAAUGUUUUUCUUGGAUAUUUGAUGGUGUCAAAAAGUUAAUAGUAAACCAAAGAUAAUCUUCACACACUGUUGUUGCACAUGCCUCCGUUGACUAACAAACACCGGUGUAGAUGGCGCUAGUCAUCAAUAUAAUUUUUAUUAUUUAUAUAUAAUUAUUUCUUUGCACAGUCUUUUGAAAAUAUUAAAAAGGAUAACAACCUAUCCAACUUUUGUCAUGUUGACACCGUUCUUGAUAUUUUUUUCUCUUUCACAAAAUGUGUCUGAUGGUAAACUUUGCUCCUAACCAGUUGUGUUGGCCGCACCUCCCCCCGUAGUGUCCGUGUACUAUAGCCACACAUAUUAACGAUGAAUCAGUUAUAUUUGACAUACUGGAAAUAAAUUGCUAUAUUUUGAUAUGACCUUAA